UCAUUUCUCAUCACAAUCCCACUCUAAUUGAGAUUCUUCUUCAUCAUUUAAUUUUCACGAGCAAAUCCAAUUUACAUCGGAAAAAAUGUCGGGUCGUGGAAAGGGAGGAAAGGGUUUGGGGAAAGGAGGAGCGAAGCGUCACAGGAAGGUUCUGAGAGACAACAUCCAAGGAAUCACCAAGCCGGCGAUUCGGAGGCUGGCUCGUAGAGGUGGAGUCAAGCGUAUCAGUGGUCUGAUCUACGAGGAGACACGUGGCGUCCUCAAGAUCUUUUUGGAGAACGUUAUCCGUGACGCCGUCACAUACACCGAGCACGCCAGGAGGAAGACGGUGACUGCCAUGGACGUCGUUUACGCGCUCAAGAGGCAAGGCAGGACUCUCUACGGUUUCGGCGGUUAAGAAUCUGUUCUGCUUCGAGUUUGUGUUUCUCCUUUUCUGGGUUCUCUGAAUUAGGCGUAUUAUUCUAGAAAUUUCUGAUCAAAUCAUGUUCUACUUAGCGUUUUCGUUAUAUGUAAUUACGCCUUAUCUUUUGUUUUAGUGAUUUGUUGUCAUUGUAAUCCACGAUUAAGUACAAGUUUCUGGAGAAGUAUAAUCGAAUCUCAUUUCAGUAA